UAGAGGCUUUUCUACAUGAAAUUACGACCCUUCCUGGAUGCAGCAGAGUUUAUCGUAGAGAAGCAGACAAACGCUUUGUGUUUCUACAUCUACUUCCAGCCCGUGGUCCUGUGUGCUUUGAUGAGAACGAAUGAAUUCCGUGAUAUUUGCUGGUCUCUUUGUAUUUGCUAGUGCUGUCUUGGGCGACAACAAAGGGAGGAUAGCUAGUGUAAUUCCAGUUGUUUUGGACAUGCAUGAGGUUACAUUUCAUCCGGCAGUUUUCCUGAAGUUAUUUUUUUGUGUAGCGUUAGCAGCGCUCAGUUGAAUGCAGCCGACGUUAGUUAAAUUCAGGGUUUUCGAUGGUAAUCGGUGCGUUGUGAUCUUUAUAUCUAUCAUUAAUGAGGAUGCACUGUGCGUUUCAACUCAAACUUGGGAUCAAUGUAAGGCCAUUGUAAAUAGGUCAAUUUUCUGGUCAACUGCGGACUAUUACAGAGAAUGAAAAUUGUGACGCAGUUGUGUAAAACAUCUUUCAGUGCCUGCUGCAGCAGCACUGUCCGGCUUUGCGGCACCUAUAGCAGCUGCUGCAAAACGUCUGCGCAAUGCUUAUGUGCCCAUGAGCAUAUGAUGAGAGUUUUUUUAAAACAAUCUAAAAUGCAUUCAAUCAGUUGGGGUAAGUGUUGGGGGGCAGAGGGGUCUGAAAGAAGAAGUAGUUGUUUAGCUAAGGCUUGGGAAUUGUAGUUUAGUAGCCCAGCCAGAGCUUAAGGUUUCAAUGGCCUCUUUGAAGGAAAUGGACUACAACGCCCAUACGCCCAACUCUCUAGAUACUUUGUAAACUCUGUGCAAGUUGCGCGUCUGCACUGCUAUUUUAGGUAUGCAGCUAGUGCUAUCUGUUCGCCUGUGUGUUUUUUUGCUUGGUUUUGGCCUCUAGAAAUAACAUUUGAUGACAGCUUUUCAACGGGAAUGUGUAGAUGACAUUUGGCGACAAGGUAGCAUGCGUGAUCCGAUAUUUUCGAGUUUUGUAUGUCUUUCGAGGAAUGCAGAGAGUCACUCCCUCAUUCGUGGGAGAUAUUUUUCUGUCGUUUUCUGAAACCCGUGGUGUAGAAAUUAGACGAAGAUUUUCAGCUGAAUUCCCACUUGACUACACUGGCCAGCAUCCAUAAGAUCCACCACACCUUGCACAGGCUGAACCUGACAGAAGACGUUGGACAGGAUAGCCACCCCUCAGGUAAUAAUUCAACUGGUUGUGUGUCUCAUGGUCAGCGGUAAACACUGACAAUCAUCCAUUAAACUACUGCCAAGACGGUAUGUCCUUCUGAAUUGGACUGCUGGUUCUUUGAGGGUACUUGCAUGUUUUUCCACUUCCGUCCCCUAGCUUGUUGCUCUAGAGCCAUGCCUCCUAGGAAAAAGAGGAGACCCUCUGCUGGAGAUGACAUGUCAGCCAAGAAAAGUCGCCAGGACAGUGUUUUCAGAAAACAUGAAACGUCACAAAUCCGUGAGGAGGAGACAUUCUCAAGUAAAAGAUGCUUGGAAUGGUUCUAUGAGUAUGCAGGUUGUGACGAUGUGGUGGGUCCAGAGGGCAUGGAGAAGUUCUGUGAGGACAUCGGAGUGGAGCCAGAGAACGUGGUGAUGCUGGUUCUGGCAUGGAAGCUGGAUGCCCAGAGUAUGGGAUAUUUCACUCUCCAGGAGUGGCUGAGAGGCAUGGGCUCACUGCAGUGCGACUCCACAGAGAGGCUGAGGAACUCACUCGACUACCUGAGAUCUGUCCUAAAUGACAGCACCAGUUUUAAGCUCAUUUAUAGAUAUGCCUUUGAUUUUGCUCGGGAAAAGGAUCAGAGGAGUUUGGACUUGAACACAGCUAAGUGUAUGCUGGGGCUUCUUCUGGGAAAGACGUGGCCUCUGUUUCCUGUGUUUAAUCAGUUUUUAGAGCAAUCCAAGUACAAAGUCAUCAACAAAGACCAAUGGUGCAAUGUUUUAGAGUUCAGCAGGACAAUCAACCUGGACCUCAGUAACUACGAUGAGGACGGUGCCUGGCCAGUUUUGUUGGACGAGUUUGUGGAAUGGUACAAGGAAAGACAGAUGUCAUAGGUGCAGAGCAAAAUGGAAAAAAAACACAACUGUGACAACAACGACUUUGAGAAUCAACAACCAAUAAGUAAACAAUACAAAAAUGAUAAAGCAGUGACAGUGGGUGCUUCCUGGUAGAGGAGGGGUUCGGGCUGUGGGUGGGCUAGGGUGGGGGCACUGGGUUUGCAGCCUGGGUGCAUGCUGCCCAGAGCGCGGAGUGCUGCCAUUGUGGAGUUAAGUUCCCUACCGAAGUUGCAUAGUGGGCAAGCUUGCAGCAAUCCCCAGUGGCAUUGCUCUCUCUCACUGUGACAUGUCAUAUUGCUGUCUGUGUUAGGAUAACAUGGUAUCAUACGUGGAUGAUGGAAGCAAAAUGGUUUUGUGUGGGAGGACCACACCCCACCCCUCGUCUUCAGCACAGAGAAACCAACAGAAGUGACCAUUCAUGCAUUGUGUCUGAGUCUUAAACAGGGUCACUUUGACCUGGGCACAUUUAAAUAUUAUAUCUGUGCAAUGAACUUGAACUUGAGCUUUUCUGGACAGAUGGCACUAACUAUUGUUUGUCAUGUUUUGAGUUACGUAGGAAUUCUUCAAGAAGCACACUGUGUCAAAUGGUUGAUCGCAGGUUUCUGAUACCUGUGUUGUUUACUAUUGAUUUGUGCCAGUGAAUUUUUUUUUCCCUCCAUUUUUUUUCCCCCUCCUGCUGUUUUGCUCCAGCUAAUGCUAACAGUUUGCUAACCCCCGCAAAGGCUUCAGACCUCAUAACACCAAACAAAUCAGCAUUGCUGCUUACUAACUCUUAUUACAGUACGGCGGUGAGCCACUAGUGCUCUGAUCAGCAUUUAUUGGUCUGAUGACCAAUUUAUGUAUCUACGUUGUGUAGGUAAGAGUAUUACUGUGCCUCAAAACAUGGAAGUCACUUUGUGUGUCCCACACACAUACCAACAAACCCAAAUGUAUAUACACAAGUGAGAGAACACACACACACACACACACACACACACACACAUUCAUGCACACACAGACACACUGAGUGGUCAGGGAUUAUUUCAGGAUGAAUUCAGACUGUUUGGGCUGUGUUAUAAGUUGACAUAGAGCUACAGUAGUUGGUGUCCAUUUUGUCUUGAUAUGUGGCAUCUGUUUUGUCCUCCUUAGUCCACUGAUAGUUUCAGGUCUCCUCUUACUAGUAGCAUCUCUCCCAACACUGACAGUGUUAAUAUAACUACAGUGGAAGACCAGUGACCCUCUCAGGACGAGGUCCUUAAGGCUUGAGUAGAAAGGUAGGUUUGCUGAAAGCAUUGCUUUGUGCCACCCGUAGGAUCUAAUCAAAUCAAUGGACACUGACAGUUUGGAACUGUGUGAUGAUGCUAUGCUGUUAUUUUUGCCUAGUAUAAUGUUCUUGUAACACAUGUAUACAUUUUUGUCUUUGGCUGUGGUGUGAUGCUGAAACGUCAGAUUUAAUAUUUGCAUGCAUGCUCCAACAGAGCCUUUUGUGAAUGGAUGAGAUUUUUUGAAAACAUUUUUCCAAACGCGUUUUUUUGUUUUGUACAGGAAUUUGUGCAAGUGUUUUGUGCUUAAUUUGAUAUUCAUGAUCAUGUUAUCUUAAAUCUGAUGAACAACAUGAUUGUGUCUAUUAAGACCUGGAACACACCUGUAACCUCACGGUGGAACAGGAGUUCCCUCCUGCAUUUACCACAUCAUACACAUACAGAUUUUAUUUAUUGGAAGUGCAUAACUUGUUUUGCUACUUUUACACCACACUGUCAUGAUACACAUAAAAUACACAUUUGUUGUGAAGAUGACAUACAUCAGCCCUGGCAUCAUUGAAAUCCACUGCAGCUGAACUACAUGGAAAGACUCUAUGGUCAUUACAAUGCUUCAACCCAUCAGCAUAACAUCUAAGAUUGAAGUAGUUGUUGGAUUGCUUACCAAAUACUGUGUAGAGACCAGUGUUUUUAGUAUUCUCCCAUGACAAUGCAGGAGGCUGAACACCCUUGUCCCAACUGUAUAUAUGUAUGUAAACUAUGUAAGUGUCUAUAUGUCUGUUUUCACUAUAACCUAUGUCUAUAUACAUAAAUAAAAGGGUUUAUUAACUUA